ACCCGCGUGGCCCCACUCCGAGACCCCGCCUGGUGCCGCCACCCUACACGGAGGCGCCAUGCAGUGCCAUGCGCCGGCUUCUCUGCCCGCCCCGCCUGCCUUCAGUAGUUCAGUGCGGAUACUGAAAAGUGCUGCCUGGCCUGCAGUGCUGCAUCUGCAUGCCAUGCCAACUGUCUAUAUAUAGCAGGCCACGGAGCUUCACACGGCAGGCACACACCAGGCAAGGAUUGCAUUGUUAGCAUCCAUCGCCGGUCGCCAUAUCGAUCUGUGGACGAAGCUACUCCAGAUGGAUCGGUUGGCGCCGCCUGUCGCCGUGGAGGUGCCGGUGGUGCAUCGACAGCAACAGCAGCAGUUCGUCCAUCACUCACAGGUCCACCAGCAGCAACGUACGCACCAGCAGCAGCAGCACCAGAACGGCGGCGGCAGCAAGCCCGGCGGCCGCAAGUGCUGCCCGCUGCGCCGGUCGCGCAAGGGGUGCAUGAAGGGCAAGGGCGGGCCGGACAACCAGCAGUGCCCUUUCCGGGGCGUCCGCCAGCGCACCUGGGGCAAGUGGGUGGCCGAGAUCCGCGAGCCCAACCGCGGCGCACGUCUCUGGCUCGGCACAUUCGGCAGCGCGCUCGAGGCCGCGCGCGCCUACGACGCCGCCGCCAGGGCGCUCUACGGAGACUGUGCGCGCCUCAACCUGCAGCUACCUCCUCCCUCGGCGGCUGCAGGAGGAGGACCGGCAAUCGUGGCGUCUCCGUCCCCUGACACCGUGGCUGGCCCUGCUGCUGCUGCUGCUGGCGGGCACAGCCGCCACCACCAGUACCUGCAGCAGCAGCAGCCCUCCAUGGCGGCGCCUAUGAUGAUGGUGCACUCAUCCUGCUGCUCCGCCGACGCGUCGUCGUCCAACUCCGACUCCAACUCCAACUCCAGCUCGUCGCCGGUGACCAUGGCGGCCGCGGCAACCUCGCCCACGUACACCCACCACCAGACGACGUUCCAAAUGCCGCCGCCGCCGCCGUCUUCGUGCGGCGUGAUGAUGGCUGCCGUCCAGGGCUGCCACGUCGACGACACCACCACCACCACGAUGGCGAUGCAGCGCCAUCAGCAGAUGUUGCGCGAGCUGGCGGCGGCUCCUCUGCAUCAGGAGGCAGAUGACUUCGAGGACUUCAUGACGCGGCUGCCCAAGGCUGAGGACUUCGGCCUGCAGGGCUUCCAGGAGGUGCCUCCCGAGGUGUUCGACGAAGCCGCCGGCAUCUGGGACCACACGGCCGCCUGGUCGUCCCCCACCAUGAUGAUCGACUCCGCCGGCGCCCAGCGCCAGCAGGUCGUCGAUUCGUCGUCCCUCUUCAACUCUCGUUGAUCGAUGACGCCGUGCGCCCUGCACCAGCUACUUCGUUGCUAGCUGCAUCGAGAGCUGCCAGUGUACGUGGCGAAGCGAGUCGAUGCGCGGGCCCACUGGUUCGUGAGUUACUUACACAUCAAGUCUCAAGACGUACCAGAUGGUGGUUACUCGUGGGUUUUAUAUUUGGAUAAUGUUUCAUAUUUGUAAAAUAUAUAUACUAUAGUAGUGGUGUCUUAAACAUAUAUACUUUGAUAGCUAUAUAGUCUUUUGGGUUUGCUAUCUGCAUGAGCGGCUAGCUACCUCUUGUACAGUACUACCAUAUAUAGAUAUAUCAAUUUCGUUUUUCCUGAUUA